AUGUACGAAAUACCUCGUGCGGGCAGCGGUGCGGGCAGCGGUGCGGGCAGUUGUGCAGGCAGCGGUGCGGGCAGCGGCGCGGGCAGCGGUGCGGGCAACGGUGCGGGCAGUCGUGCGGGCAGCGGCGCGGGCAGCGGCGCGGGCAGUGGUGCGGGCAGUGGUGCGGGCAGUGGUGCGGGCAACGGUGCGGGCAGCUGUGCGGGCAGCGGUGCGGGCAGCGGCGCGGGCAGUGGUGCGGGCAGUGGUGCGGGCAGCGGUGCGGGCAGCGGCGCGGGCAGCGGUGCGGGCAACGGUGCGGGCAGUCGUGCGGGCAGCGGCGCGGGCAGCGGUGCGGGCAGUCGUGCAGGCAGCGGUGCGGGCAGCGGCGCGGGCAGCGGUGCGGGCAACGGUGCGGGCAGUCGUGCGGGCAGUCGUGCGGGCAGCGGUGCGGGCAGCGGCGCGGGCAGCGGUGCGGGCAACGGUGCGGGCAGUCGUGCGGGCAGCGGCGCGGGCAGCGGCGCGGGCAGUGGUGCGGGCAGUGGUGCGGGCAACGGUGCGGGCAGUCGUGCGGGCAGCGGCGCGGGCAGCGGUGCGGGCAGCGGUGCGGGCAGUCGUGCGGGCAGCGGCGCGGGCAGCGGUGCGGGCAACGGUGCGGGCAGUCGUGCGGGCAGCGGAGAGGGCAGUGGUGCGGGCAGUGGUGCGGGCAGUGGUGCGGGCAACGGUGCGGGCAGCUGUGCGGGCAGCGGUGCGGGCAGCGGCGCGGGCAGUGGUGCGGGCAGCGGCGCGGGCAGUGGUGCGCAGGGUGUGGGCAGUCGUGCGGGCAGCGGUGCGGGCAGCGGUGCGGGCAGCGGCGCGGGCAGCGGCGUGGGCAGCGGUGCGGGCAGUCGUGCGGGCAGCGGCGUGGGCAGCGGUGCGGGCAGCGGCGUGGGCAGCGGUGCGGGCAGUCGUGCGGGCAGCGGUGCGGGCAGCGGCGUGGGCAGCGGUGCGGGCAGUCGUGCGGGCAGCGGUGCGGGCUGCGGUGCAGGCAGUGGUGCGGGCAGUGGUGCGGGCAGCGGUGCGGGCAGCGGCGUGGGCUGCGACUCAGUGAUUCCCAGCGCUACUUGGACAACUCGUAAUAUUCGGCCCAAAGCAAAUACUGCCGACGGGCCGCGUUUCGGGUGCCCCUUCCGCACCUUCUUCGCCAGAAGUAUCCAUGUGCAGCGCCAACCUUCUAGCGGCACCUCCCUGCGUGGAACCAAAUCGCAGCGAUGGGCAGAGGCUGAAGUGGAUCCGGUGACUGAAUCGGCCCGGCAUGGGGACAGAGUUGCGUUCCUACCCCUCACAAAUAUUAUUCGGGGGGGGAAGGACAGCGGAGUGGAGGAGGAGGAGGAGGAUGCCGACAGCCGCUUGCGAGAACGCUACAGCGCGGCUGUUAUGGCUCCUGGGGCGUUUUCCCCCAACGUGCACAAAAACCACUAUAAAUACUUUCAAAAUGGGGAGGAAUAA